AUGGAGGCGGCGGCCCCGUGCGAGCUGUGCGCGGCGGCGGCGGCGCUGGAGCCCCGCGCGGCCGCCUGGAGCUGCCUCACCUGCUUGGGCUCCUUCUGCGAGGCCCACGCCCGGCCCCACCUGGGCGGCGGCGCUGGGGCUUUCCGCGGCCACCGCGUGCGGCCGGCGGCGGCGGCGGCGCGGGAGCUGCGCGCCCUGCGGGAGGCGGCGCGGCGCUGCGCCCACCACCCCGGCCGCCCGCUGGAGCUCUUCUGCGCGCGGUGCGGGCUGUGCGUGUGCGCCCUCUGCCCCGCGCUGGGGCCGCACCGCGCCCACCCCGUCGACCUCGCCGCCCAGGCGGCCAGGGGCAAGCAGGCGAUCAUGACGUCCUACCUGAAGCAGUUAACAGCAAAGAGGAAGCAGGAGACUGACAAUACCAAGCACAUUGCAGAAGCUGCUAAUGAACUUAAGGCGCACAUGUCGGCAGGUAAAACUUGGUUGACGGGGAUGUUUGCCGAACUCCACCUCUUGUUUGAUGAGGAAGAAGCGUUGACCAAAAGAUACGUAGAGGAGAAGGGCCAGCAGACCCUGAGGAGAUAUGAAGAGCAGAUGGAGGCCAGCGAGACGCAAAUAGGGAUCAUAGACAGUUUCUCAGACAGGAUCGGACAAAUUCAACUGCAGCCAGACCCUCUUUAUGUACUCAAGGACUUUACCUCCGUAGAGAAGGAAAUAGCGAAGCAGAGUAUCCCUGCGGAGCCGUGGGUCGCAGAGCCCUUCUCAUUCGAGCACCUCGCCAACCACUUCAAACGUUUCGUGGAGACCCUUCAGUCAAUCUUGCAGAAGCCGCUUGAAACACGGCUCAAGGAAGAUGUUUUUGGCAGCCUUGACGCCACCUUGAAGAAGGAGCCGGGUGACUUGCAGAAAGCAAACUCUUGCAUUGAUCGGUCGCUUUUUCUAAAACAUGCAAGAUCCCCCACACUGGAGCUUGAUAGUUUGCACCCCAGGUUGACAUUGUCCGAGGACCUUCUUUCAGUAAGCUACUCCUGGAGGAGGAGGUUUUAUCCCUCAAGUCCGCAGCGAUUUGACACACUGUGGCAAGUUCUGAGCAGAGAUUCUUUCGGUGCUGGGAGCCAUUACUGGGAGGUGGAUUUGGUCCAAGCUGCCCAAGGAUGGUGGAUCGGGGCCGCUUACCCUUCCCUCAAGAGAAAAGGCGACUCUGAGCUUUGCCGGCUGGGGUGGAACCGAGUAUCCUGGUGUAUCAAAAGGUUUGAUUUUGAAUACUGGGCAUUCCACAAUGGGGAGAAAAUCCCAAUACGGACAGAAGAAGAUCCCGAACGAAUUGGAGUUUUCCUGGAUUAUGAAGCCGGGCUCCUGUCUUUCUAUAAUGUAACAUCCGGGAUGGCACACCUGCAUACUUUCUGCUCCAAGUUCACUGAGCCUGUUUACCCAGCUCUGAGGUUGUGGGAAGGGACUAUCACAAUCCGUAAACUCACCUGA